GACAUUUGAGUUUGACCCUCCCUACUCUUCUUCUCCACGGGCCAGUAGAAGUCAAAAACACACUCUUCACGCUCUCUCGCGUAUAUAUAUAAAUCGACCAAUUCCAUUAUCCAAUUCAAAUAGAAACUGAAGAGCAGAGCUAAACCAUAAACAGAACCGUACCGUACCGAAUUGAACCGGGCUUGGUUUGGUGAUGGAGGAGGAAGGGUCGUCGAUGCAGUCAAAGUACAAAGGAGUGAGGAAGAGGAAGUGGGGGAAAUGGGUUUCAGAGAUCAGACUUCCCAACAGCAGAGAGCGUAUUUGGUUGGGCUCUUACGACACUCCAGAGAAGGCGGCGCGUGCCUUCGACGCUGCUCUCUUCUGCCUCCGAGGCAGCAACGCGAACUUCAACUUCCCCGAUAAUCCUCCGGCGAUCAGCGGCGGAGGAAACAUGUCGCGGUCGGAGAUCCGAGAAGCGGCUGCGAGGUUCGCUAACUCGGAAGAGAAUGUCGUGAGGGAGAAGGACGAGGAGAUGAUGCAGCAAGAGUCUACUUCAAACUCGGCGGCUUCGUCGUCGAUGAUGAUGAGGACGAUGGACGUUGAUGACUCGGAGUUUUUGAGUAUGCUUCCGACUGUUGGUUCGGGUAACUUCGCUGCGGAUUUCGGGUUGUUCCCCGGGUUUAAUGAUUUCUCCGACGAGUACUCCGGCGAGCGUUUCAGAGAAGAGCUUUCACCUACAAGGGAUUAUGAGAGUUACGAUGGCUCGGCGGUGCAUCUUUGGAAUUUUUGAAGUUUGUUUUUUGGGCAAAGACGGCCUUAUCAACUUCGCUUCUAGAAUUUUAAUUUUAAUUUGGAUUUAUUUAUUUAUUUGUAAUUCUGUGCCCAUUUUUUGGGGAUCAUUAUUUCGAUAGUGAUUCAUUUUUUUUUUU